UCCGGUCUUUGUGACUCAUUGUGUCUGUGGCGAGGUGUUGGGAGGGCCUAGGUCGGUGUGCAGUGCCCUUCGGCCGGGUUGAACCCGGAGUCAGCGGUGCUUGGUCGCCCGGCGUCCCCAGGCCGCUCCGGAGACUCACGGAAUAGCGCGGGAACCAAUAGAAGACAGUUGCUAGGACAGAAACUGCAGCCUGACCCUGCUGGGCCUCACCAGCUCACUGAGCCUGAAUGAUGACUGCUGAGUCCAGGGAAGCCACAGGUCUGUCCCCACAGGCUGCACAGGAGAAAGACGGGAUAGUCAUCGUGAAGGUGGAAGAGGAAGAUGAGGAAGACCACAUGUGGGGGCAGGACUCCAGCCUGCGGGAGACGCCAGCAGCCGACCCAGAGAUGUUCCGCCAGCGGUUCAGGUGCUUCUGUUACCAGAAUACUUUUGGGCCUCGAGAAGCUCUGAAUCGACUAAAGGAACUUUGUCAUCAAUGGCUUCGACCAGAAGUCAACAGCAAGGAACAGAUCUUGGAGCUGUUGGUACUGGAGCAGUUCCUGUCCAUCCUGCCCAAAGAGCUGCAGGUCUGGCUGCAGGAGUACCGGCCUGACAGCGGAGAAGAGGCCGUGACUCUUCUAGAAGACUUAGAACUCGAUCUGUCGGGACAGCAGGUCCCAGGUCAAGUUCAUGGGCCUGAGAUGCUUGCCAGGGGUCUGCUGCCUCUGCAUCCAGUUCAGGAGUCGCCGGGCUUUGACCAUCGUGAAGCCGCCCAGUCUCAUUUCAAGCAUUCAUCUCGGAAGCCUCGUUUCUUGUCAUCCCGAGCUCUCCCUGCCACCCAUGUUCCUGCCCCCCAUCAUGAGGGGAAUCCCAGAGACCAGGCGAUGGCGUCUGCACUAUUGACCGCAGAUUCCCAGGCAAUGGUGAAGAUCGAGGACAUGGCCGUGUCCCUCAUCCUGGAGGAGUGGGGAUGUCAGAACCUGGCUCGGAGGAAUCUCAAUAGGGACAGCAGGCAGAUGAAUUUGGGGAAUGUGUUUUCCCAGGGUUCUGAGAACAGGAAUGGGAAUGAGUCAACCUCAAAGGCUGAAGUCAAAGAAGAUUCCACCUCACAUAGGGAGAUAGCAGGAAGAUUCCAGAAGGAAUUUGGAGAAAGACGGGAACAGCAGGGCAGAGUAGUUGAAAAGCAGCAGAAAAAUCCUGAAGAGAAAACUGGCAAAGAGAAGAAAGAGCCAGGGCCACCUACAGCCAAGGAAAAGAAGCCCACCACAGGAGAGCGGGGCCCAAGGGAGAAGGGUAAAGGCUUGGGAAGAAGCUUCAGCCUGAGUGCAAACUUUAACAAUGCCCCAGAGGAGGUUCCAUCGGGAGCAAAGACUCAUAGAUGUGAUGAGUGUGGGAAAUGCUUCACAAGAAGCUCAAGCCUUAUCCGCCACAAAAUCAUCCACACUGGAGAGAAGCCCUACGAAUGUAACGAGUGUGGCAAAGCCUUCAGUCUCAAUUCGAACCUUGUCCUUCAUCAGCGAAUCCACACGGGAGAGAAACCUCAUGAAUGUAACGAGUGUGGCAAGGCCUUCAGUCACAGCUCCAAUCUCAUCCUGCACCAGCGUAUCCACUCUGGAGAGAAGCCCUAUGAAUGUAACGAGUGCGGCAAGGCCUUCAGCCAGAGCUCAGACCUCACGAAGCACCAGAGAAUCCACACAGGGGAGAAGCCCUAUGAAUGUAGCGAGUGUGGAAAAGCUUUCAACAGAAACUCAUACCUUAUUUUGCAUCGGAGAAUUCACACCCGAGAAAAGCCCUACAAGUGCACUAAGUGUGGCAAGGCCUUCACCCGGAGCUCAACCCUCACACUGCACCAUAGAAUCCAUGCCAGAGAGAGAGCAUCAGAAUACAGCCCAGCCUCUCUGGAUGCCUUUGGAGCAUUCCUGAAAAGUUGUGUGUAAAGCAGGAGUGUAUCUUCAAGCCAUUUCCCCCCCCUUUUGUUUCUGGAAUUAUGUCAGACCAGUGUGCCCAUCGAGGGAAAUGUAAUAGCACCAUCAAAUUGUUUGAGAAGUCACACUUCAGGAUCCCUAAGAGUUACUGUGUCCUGCCUUCAGGUGGUCUGUAGGCAUGUAAUUCUUAAAGUCCUUGCAAGGGAAAGCUGGUUGUGUGGAUAUUCUUCCACUCAAGAUAAAAGCACACACAGUAAAACGUCACGCUAUCUAGUAAUGUGUAUACCUUUAAGGUUUGCUUCCCAGCAACCACACCAUAUAGUUGAUGAGUCAAGAUUAGCUCUGUGAAUAUUAUACUGAAGUUAAGAAGCCACUUGGUGCAAACAAACCCUAAUUAGGCAACCUAUAUUUCUCAGUGAAGAGAGAUAGUUAAUACAAAAACUACAUUGGGACAUGCUGCUUGAGCAAGUUAUAUAUCCAGAGGGUUGUGUAUCUGAUCACUGGUAGCCUGCCAAAGCUAUAGAAAUCUAGGACUGUGCUGGUCAGACUCAAACCAAAGAUUCUAUCUCUUUCUGAAAGAGGUCAUAUGCACCGGUUUGUAGUUCCAAGGACUGUAACAAAUAUGGAUGGGCCUGCCCUCCUCAGUGAGAUCAGUCCUACUGAAAUAGCAGCAACUCAAGAUGCUUCUCUUCCUCCUCAACAUCCCUGAAGCACUCUAGCACUCCUAAAUGCACUCUCCACAAAUUAGCACUUGAUUGUAUACCAUCUUUUAAUCCUUCAUUGUUCAGUGUUGGAAGCUUUUAUCAAUCACCACUCCCCCAAAAAGAUGCUUCAGUUGUCUAGAAAUACAGUUAUGUUCCUGACAGCACAGCACUGGAUGUAGUACUAAACACACAAGGCACUCCUUAUGACGGACCUCUAACAGAACUAUCAUGUUUGUAAUAGAGUCUGGGAAUCAUGUGAGUACCUGAACUAGGGUACCUUCAGACCUAUAGGUCAUGCUAUAACGUAUUCUGGGGUCAAUGUUAAUUUUGUCCUAAGUAUAAACAAAAGCUUGGUUAGCUACCUGCAGAGACUGCAAAUGUGGAUCAGUAAGUAAAUACCACAGAAUAUCAUCCACUUAGAGAAGAAAACUAUGAACACUAACUCUAAAGUUUUUGUUUGUGUGACAUCAUUUCACAGCAAAGCUUUUGUUCUUGGCCAGAGUUCUUUUCAGGUAGCUGCUGAAUCGUGGUGUUUUGAGCACUUACUGAGUUGUUUAACACUUAGCUAAUGCCGUUCAAAAUGUGUGAUAGGUUUUUGUUGUUCUUUUGCUUGACUUUUUUUUAGUGGGUUUUUAAAAUGUUUUUGUUUCGUUUAAUUCUCAGAGAAAGGGAAAAAUUAAAGGGAGUAUUUUUUUUCCGCACAUUUAACCAGAAACUUCUAGAAGCAUCUGUCAUCAUUAGCCGGCAGUAACUGAAGAUGUCCUGUUGCUCUGAGAAGUUCACCACCACACUGGUGUGGUUGGUUGUGUCAUUGUAUUUUAAUAGCACAGUGUCUUUUCUAUUUCUCAUGAAAGACUAAAGUGAAGAAGUGAGGUUAGGGGACUUUUAGCCUUUCCUGUCAUCUCUGCAGGUAGCUUCUCAGAAGCUCUUGAUGAUACAGGAGACCCCAGGUAUCAAGCUAUGCAGGUGUUGGGGCCUUGAACAGACGGCUUUAUUUAAGAAAGCAUUGGGAUAGUGUGGACAGCCCUACAGAACCCUAGAAACAUAAGCUAAAGACAAACUUGAAGACUGUUGACAUGGACGCCCCACAUAUGGUUUGAGAUUUCCUCUCAAGAAACAACUAAAAUCAUCUUGCACCAGUUGUCCGCUGACCAGCAGCAAAAGUCGGUGAGACACAAUAGCAGCAGGUCUCAUCAGGUUGGCCCCUGUGGCUUCUGCUCCAGGUCAAACUAGAAUCCUACAAGCAACCACUGGUCCCUGUUUGACUUUAUUUCUUAGACCAACCAUACAUCUCUGGCGGCAUCUGAGCUGUUUGCUCAGUGCUGCCUGUAAGUAUUCUAUCUACCCAGCUGAAAAUCAGCACAGCUUCUCUGAAGAUUGUGCCUGACUCACUUUCUGGAGUGAGGUGGAGGUAGAGAGAUGCUUUAAAGUUCUUCCUAAAGGACUGAGUCAUAGUGAUGGUGGACUUUUGUGUGAGAGCUCUGGCCUGUUAAAAAAAAAAAAGAGAAA